UUUUAUUUGGGUCGGAUUUAUUAUUGUUUAACAACAUAAAUAAAGGGAGAAGGGAGAACACUCUGUUCUCAAUUAUCCUCGUUAUUUUUCGCGAGCAGGUUUUCCUUAAAACUGUUUUCUGAAACGGAUCCAAAAGCAAGGGUUUUAAACUUCGGACCUUCUCCUCCGAUGGCGACAACAGUAGCAGAAUGCGAAUCAAAACCAUCACCUGGAGAUUAUCCUCCCGACGAAAAACCAAAAUCCCUAGAAGAAGCAGCCUCGUCAUGGAUCGAAUACGGGGUCAAUCAAGCUCAGCUCUUGCACAAAACCCUAGACGACACUGUCAAUUCAUUCAUUGAAGCCUCUGGAUCUCGCUUCUCUCAAAUUCUGUCCACUUCUUCUGCUCAUCUCCAACAAACCAUUGAAUCUCUGAAAGAUGUUAAAUCUGAAUAUGAUGUCUACGAGGAUCUUGCUGUUGGAAAGAUUAAAGAGGGUAUUCUCGUUGCAGCAUCAAAUCCAUUGAUUACAUCCGGGGUGUGUGUUGGUUUGGGAUGUUUGCUGCUAAAAAGGCCAAGGCAUUUCUUAUACUAUAACACCUUGCGGCUUCUUGUCAGUGAAGAGUCCAUGGUUGCCAGAGCUGAUGCUAAAGUGAAUGAGUUGCGGAAAUCAAUUGACCUUCUGAAGGCUGAAAGUGAGAAAUUGGAGAAGAGGGCAUUACAAGCUGAAGAUGAGAUGAAACGAGGGAGGACAAAGCUCAGACAAGCUGGGAAUCAGAUUCAAAGUGUCAUUCGCUCAGCUUAUAAGAUUGAAAGACAAGCAAGGGGCUUGAAAGAUAUUCUUGGAGAACUUCCAAGUAGAGAAGCAUCUCGAUUCCGAUCACAGGUUUCCAAGCUUGCUUCUGAGGCAAAACGAGAAAGGAGUGCUUUGAGCAAGGAGGUCUCAAAAAUCAGUAACUAUGGGAUUUCUGUCUAAGAAUUCUUGUGGCUGCCCUCUGGGUGCUCAUGCACUGGAGUUCUUUGGUGAUAAUUACAAGAUCUUGCGUCUAAAAUGAUGGCAUCAUUUCUUUCAGAAAUAAAUGCAAUCUAUAUAAUAACAUUUAUUCACCGAAUUUUGUUAAACGGUGACACAAGUUUGUUUCAAACUGUACAUCCUUUUUUGCUGGGAUGGUAUUUGUCCAAACGUUUGGAAGAACCAGUACAAUAAUGAAUAGUUACAUCAUAGGGAUAUAUAAUGACAAAAGUGCCAAAAUUUGAGGUAA